GCUGACUGGGUCCUCACCGGCAUCGUCCUCCAAAAUGACCCUCAAGACAGAGCAAGCCCUCGUGCAGCCCGCAAACGACGCGCGUGGUGCGCGCGGAAUCAUUGCAGCAAAGCAUGUCUUGCGCAGCACAAUGAGCAUUACUGGUGCCGUAUACCUGACUUACGCCCGCCUAUGCUCUCCUUCCUCCUCAUGUGUUACCCCUGCAGCGAGUUCUCUCGUACUAGUCCUGUGCUCGACUAAGUCAAGACAGAACUCGUCCCACAGAGCCCGCUCUGCUGCACGUCGGGGUCGGCUUCUGAGUGUGUACCGCAUUAGCUGGCAGAGACCCGGCUCUGUACGUGCUCACAAGGACACCGGGGUUGUUACUGCUCGCACUCCCUAGCCAGAUGAGUUGCCCCUCUCUCAUUCCCUUGGCGCCUUGCUGUGCGACGCUUAUUGAUACUGCUUCUCUUCGAAAGUGUCGUCUUCAGCGAACAAAGAUUAGCCGUCUCACACUCGAGUAUACGCCUCGAACCUCCUUGGUCAUCUCGCAGCCCAUCCCUCGAGUGUCUACGCUUUGACUUCAGAUUAACUCCGUCUCGACGAACAACAUACAUAGUGAAUUCUGAUGUAGAUAUACGAGAUGUGAUGCCAAACGGAGUCCAUCGGUUCACUGUACGUCUCUACCUAAAGCUUGAACUCAUCCGGGAUGACUUCUUU